AUGGCGUCAAACUAUCGAGAUGACCCCGGAUAUCAGGCAACAACGGCUACAUUGCCAAGAGUCGAUUGGUAUCAUGCCAAAUUCAUGUUCCGAAUAUUCGCGGCGGAGGCUCUGGGAGUGGGAAUCAUUAUUUUCAUUCUCGCAGUACAUUCCGCCGGUGAUGAACUGAAAAGCGACCUCAACGGACCAAUCGUUACGGGUGCUGCUUUUGCUGUAGCCGUCUGGACUGUGGGUCCGGUUAGUGGACCACAAAUCACGCCAAUUAUCUCGGUCGCUCGAUUACUAACACGACGAAUCAACUUUGUCUAUUUCAUUCUGGGGAUUAUGGGUCAGACGUUCGGCGCUUUUAUGGCUCUGUUGCUUGGAUCACGGCUUGUUCCCGGUCUAUCGGAAAAGAACAAUUUGGUGCUACAAACACCGGGACCAAAUGUCACUGAUUUGCAGGCGUUCGGCAUAGAAUGUGUAUGCAGCUUCAUUCUUAUAGUUAUCUUUCUCAGUACGCUUGACGAAUUUCGGAAGCCAUAUUGCUCUCAGGGACAGGUGUCUUCGUUUUCUAUCAUCGUUUUCUUCAUGCUUCUGGUUUUGUCCGCUGUAAUGAUCAAAACAACCGGCACAGGACUGCAUCCGUCAAAAAGUCUAGCGGCCGCGUUAUAUAAUCGUUCAUUUGAAAAACUGUGGGUGAGCAGUUUGAUCUAA